AAAAAGAAGACGAAGAAGAAGAUGUCACGUGGUUAUGACGUCACAGUGCGGCGACUACACGUGGAUUUACCGAUUGAGGCGCCAUUGACUUGUAGUUUGCGGGUUCUGUAAAGAGACUUUUGUCAGUAGAUAAGGGCUUUCCAGACAUGGCACAAGAGGCCGAAAUAACACCAGACCUCGAGUUGCCUCCACCGGUAGCUACGCGGACUCGUAGCGGACGCAAUACGCGUACUCCAGUCGCGCUUAUCAACUCUCGGGUGCCCAGUACAGUUAAAGUCUCGACACGGAGGACGAAGAAAUCAGUUCCUGCGGAGCUGACGGGCCAAAAGCCAGACUUAGACCUUAACCCAGAACCAACCAACCCGCCAUCCAUGUUAUCCACGAGCAUACCCACCGAGCCAGCGACAGCACCGUGUCCUGAAUCUAAACAAACAGAACCGUGUUCAGAGUUUGCUGAUACAGACACACUUAGCAGUAAUGCUAACAGAGAUGGUGUUCAUACCAGCCUAAAACCAAUGGAAACGGCACCUGCAUGCCCAGAGAAAACAGUAGGAAAUGAUAUUCAGUCAGCGUACAAUGGAAAACAAAAUCCAGCUAUUCCUUUGGGCAAACCAAAAUCAGGACGAGUGUGGAAGGACCGUAAUAAACAAAGGUUCUCUGCACUUUUAAGAGAUAAGCCAUUGCGCUCUUCUUGGGAGAAAAAGAUGGAAGCUAAGCGAGAGAAGGAGCUGGUCAAGAAGUAUUCUCUUGAACUUAAAGAGAUGAAAGCCAGAGAGAAGGAGGAAAAAAGGAAACGGCGAGAAGAUAACUUGAAACGGCGUGCUGAGAAUGAGCGCAGGGCAGAGAUUGUGCAAGUGAUCCGGAAUCCAGCAAAGAUUAAGAGGAUGAAGAAAAAACACCUGAGGAAGAUUGAGAAGAGAGACACAUUGGCUUUGUUGCAAAAGUCACAGCCCCAAAAUAAAAAGGCCCCUGGACAGGGGGUGAAAGCGGUUGACCAGUAAAAAUUAACACAUUGAUUGUGACAUAUGAACUGGACUAAACUGUAUGAGAAAGGGAGCAUCUUAUUCCUUAAGUGUCAGUAAUACCUAACACCACCCUUCCAUUAUUGACAAAUGGAAUAUACAUAAAUAAGUCAUGUGGGAUAUAUUUAUGUAUAUAAACAAAUCUAACUGUAGGCUUAUACUUGCAAUUAUCUCUGAAUCAAGGUCAAUAAACUGUU